AUGACAAAAUCAGAUCAACCCAUUUUCCCCUAUCCACCUCAUCAAGUAAAAGGGUAUCAUGAAUUCCUACCCUUACAGACUCAGCCUAUUGGGUCAUUGUUACCCUCUGAUCAAUAUCCCCAAAAUGAAAACCCACCCAAACUGUUCGAACCUUUGACCAUCAGAGGAGUUGAAUUCCCCAAUAGAGCUUGGGUAGCUCCUAUGUGUCAAUAUUCAUCGAGCAAUGGCCAAGCCACAGAUCAUCAUUUGGUACAUCUAGGUUCGAUGGCAAUGCGUGGAUGGGGAAGUAUAAUGAUCGAAGCUACUGCUGUCGUUCCAGAAGGCAGAAUUACCCCAGAGGAUAGUGGACUAUGGGAAGAUUCUCAGAUAGAUUCAUUCAAACGGAUAGUAGAUUACGUUCAUGGUAUAAAAGGUGUCAUUGGUAUCCAACUUGCCCAUGCCGGUAGGAAGGCUUCUACACCCGCGCCUUGGAAUCUCAGAUUAGCCGUUGAAGGUGGUUAUGAUGGUGGUAAUGUUGUUGGUGAAGAGAAUGGUGGUUGGCCUAACAAUGUCCAAGCCCCAUCAGCGAUUUCUUUCAAUGAGGGCAAAUAUGCCAAUCCAGUCGAAUCCAGUCUUGAAUACAUCGAAAAUCUCAAGAAAGCUUUCGCCGAUGCUGUUGAAAGGUGUAAGGCGAUUGGAUUUGAUUACAUCGAAAUUCACGGUGCACAUGGUUAUCUCCUUCAUGAAUAUGUUGAUCCUCUGUCCAACACCAGAACAGAUGGGUAUGGGGGAUCAUUCGAAAACAGAAUCAAACUUCCUUUGGAAAUCACCAAACUAGUCCGGGAUAAAUGGGACAAACCUCUAUUUUAUAGAUUAUCAGCUACAGAUUGGUUAGAAGAUACUUUAGGUCCUGAAAAGACUGAAAAUGGUGAUUAUGCUUGGUGGGGAAUCGAACAAACUACUAUCCUUACUCAGAAACUUGCAGAUCUAGGCGUAGAUUUGAUUGACGUCUCGUCAGGUGGGAAUGAUAUUAGACAAAAAGUUCAAGUUGGACCUUCUUAUCAACUCCCAUUUGCCGAACAUAUCAAAAAGAACGUCAAGAACAUCUUAGUCGGUGCAGUCGGCAUCAUCACCGAUGCUCAUCAAGCAAAUGACAUCAUCGAGCAAGGAAAGGCAGAUGUCGUGUUACUGGCUAGAGAGGUAUUGAGAAACGUGGAUUUCCCACUUCAAUCGGCACUUCAAUUAGGUACCGCUGUCAAUCCAGCCGUACAAUACGAGAGAGCCUGGACGCGAAUGUUAGUUAAACAUGAUCCUAACAAUGUUCACCAAACAACAAGAAGUCAACAUGGUGUGACUGAAGUUCAGGGUGAAGAAGGUGAAAAAAAGAAACCGAACAGAAGAGGUCCUCCACCUGAAAUCCAUUCUGCCGUGCCAGGAGUGUAA